ACUAGUCCGAGUUGUCCAACACUGGCAGCCACCACCACCGUCCGUCGCGAAAUUGACAACAAAACAGAGGAGAAUUUAGCGAUAAACAAACAUAAUAUUGGUCAAAUAUGAGCGCAUCGACGAGCACGACGGCAGCGGCCUCGCAAGACGCCUGCUACAUAUCGCUGCUCGGUCUAGCGGAAUACUUCCGCACAUCGCAGCCGCCGAACAUUAAGAAGUGCAUCCAGUGUCUCCAGGCGCUCUUCACGUUCAUGCCGCCCUCAAAGGUUGAGGCGCGGACACAUCUACAAAUGGGCCAGAUCCUGAUGGCUUACACGCAAAACAUAGACCUGGCGCGCCAUCAUCUGGAGAAGGCGUGGAGCAUAUCGGAACCUUUGGCCAACUUUGAUGUGAAGUUCGAUACCGCCUCCCUUCUUGCUCAGCUACAUCUUCAAACGGACCAGAACUCGAACCAGGCCAAGGCGAUGCUCCGUCGCGCAGUUGAGUUAUCCCAGCACAACGUCUACUGGCACUGUAAACUGUUGCUUCAACUAGCCCAGAUCCAUGCCAGCGACCGCGAAUACUCAUUGGCCUCCGAGCUACUGGCGGUCGGAGCGGAAAGUGCUGACGAGGCGGGCGCCACGUACCUGAAGGUGCUGUUCCUUCUCUCACGCGCCAUGAUACUCAUGAUCGAGCGCAAGACAAAUGAUGUGCUCGCCCUGCUCAAUUCCGCCGGCCAGAUUAUCGACAACAACAUCCCUAAUCCGCACCAAAAGGAGUACCUCAAGGUGUUUUUUUUAGUCCUUCAGGUGUGCUAUUACCUGGCUCUGGGUCAGGUGAAGACAGUAAAACCCAGCCUCAAACAGCUUCAAAUGUCCAUCCAAACGAUAAUGGCUCCCAAUUGGCCCACGGACGAAGCCAUAUUCGGAGCGAACCAGCUAGAGAUGUUCGUGUGGCUUCCGAAGGAGCAGCUGUAUGUCCUGGUCUACUUGGUGACCGUGUCGCACUCCAUGAUGGCCGGUUAUAUGGACAAGGCGCAAAAGUACACGGAAAAGGCGCUAACCCAAAUCGAAAAACUAAAACAGCAGGAAGACAAGCCAAUUCUCUCCGUGUUCAAGGUGAUCCUGCUGGAACAUAUCGUCAUGUGCCGGAUGGUAAUGGGAAAUCGUGAACUGGCCAUCCGAGAGAUAGCGGCCGCGAGAGACGUGUGCCUUGCGGCUCCACAGCGCAGCCUUCUACGACGCCACUCCGCCCAGCUGCACUGCCUCAUCGGGCUGUAUUCUAUGUCCACUAGCUUCUUCGAGCAUGCCGAACGCCAGUUCCUGGUGUGUGUGAGCGAAACCAACGAACGAGACCUGAAGCUGUUUGCGAACCUCAACCUGGCGAUCAUAUACCUGCGCACUAAGCGCGACACGGACCUCAAGCAAAUCCUCGACGCCGUCUCCUCAGAAAAUACCAACACCUACAGCAGUCAAGCGCUAAUGGGCGGGUUUUACUACGUCCAGGGACUGCACGCCUUCCACAAGAACAGCUUCCACGAGGCCAAACGCUUUCUGCGCGAGACCUUGAAAAUGGCCAAUGCUGAGGACCUGAACCGGCUGACCAGCUGCUCGUUGGUCCUGCUCUCGCACGUAUUCCUCAGCAUCGGCAACUCCAAGGAGAGCAUGAACAUGGUGACACCGGCCAUGCAACUGGCCAGCAAGAUACCCGAUAUCCAUGUCCAGCUUUGGGGCUCGGCUAUCCUAAAAGAUUUGCAUAGAAUGUCCAAGGAUGUACAACAUGAAAAGGAUGCUUAUGCCAAUCAUCUAAAAUACUCCGAAAACCUGAUUGCAGACCAACGGAAGAGCGUACAAAGCUCUCACCAUGAAUUAGUCAACUGGUUCCACGGUGAUCCGCCGGUAACAAGUGGUCCGCCCACUACAACCGCCGUUGCCAUGAUCCUGCCAGACUCCUCCGCCACCGGACCUGUCCCUGUUAUCGCGUCCACAUCUACGGGCAUGCAACAGGCGAUGCAACCAGUGGGGCCUUACGGCCAGUUCUACUAGCAAUGAGACGACGAUGCAAUUGUACCAUCUAAGAUUUUAUUUGUAUCUAAAACUAGCGACUAACUAAGUUAAGGAUAAACAUGUUCUACCAGUUGUGAAUUUUGUCAUAAACAUAAAAAAACUAGCUGCUAACUAA